AUGAAAACUAAAGUUGAAGAGAGGUUCUCUGAGUUUUUUGAGAAGUGGAUGUGUCAACUCCAUGAGUAUCUGCAACACCUGCGAAGGGCGUCUGAGGAUUAUCGAGCUAAAACUGGGUGUGAGCGUGAGCAAGAGCUACAAGCUUUAGUGUCCAAAGUCACACAACAAUACAAAGACUACUACACUAUAAAAUGGGCCUUAGCCCAUGAAGAUGUUACUAGGUGGAAACCUUUAACAGUGUUUAAACUGGGUAACUCAAUAAGGACAAAUGGUGUUCCCAGUUUGAGUCUGGUUGAAUUAACACAAGAACAUAUGAGAAAUAUUGAGACUUUGAGGCUAAAAAGAAGGUUAGAAGAGGAGAAGGUGGAGAGGGAAAUGGAGAGGCAACAAGUGGUUGUAGUAGAUAGGAAGAUGCUGGAGUUGGUAAGGUUGGUGGUUCGAGUGAAGAAUGGGGAGGAAGUGAGGCAGGUGGAGAGGCUGGUGCAGGUGGCACUGAAAGGAGUAAUGGUAGGACUAGAAAAGGUGAUGAAAGCGGUAGAUUGUGUAAGGCUUAGGACUUUGAAGGGAGUUUUGGAUGUUUUGAGCCCACUACAAUGCGUGGAGUUCUUGGCUGGGAUUGACAUACUUCAAAUUCUGUUAAGACAAUGGGGAAAGAAAAAGAUGCUAAAAGAGGGUUCCAUUAGGAGCGUAUUCAAAUACCAUCAUCCUAUUGAAGGGUUCAUCCUUUUCACAGUAGCCAAUGAGAUUGACAAAGUUCUUAUGGUUAACCCGAGAUAA